AUGGCGUUCGCUCUGGCGUGCUUGGCGGCCAUGCCGGCUGCAUCUGCAGCGUCGGGUGACGACGGAGGGAUACUGUAUAUCCCGUCCGCUGCCUCCUUAGCUCAUCACUGCCCCUCCAGCUGUGGGAACGUCGACAUCACCUACCCCUUCGGCGUUGGGCCCGGCUGCUUCCGACAAGGCUUCGAGCUUACCUGCAACCACACCACUCAACCUCCAAAGUUGUUUCUGGGCAACAGCACAACUCAGGUUACUUACAUAAGCAUAGGAGAUAGUAACUUAGUUUACGUCCCUGCUAUGUUCUUCAACGGUACUAGCAUGGAAGAAUAUGGUACGAACACCUACAAUGUAUCAUGGGAUGCCCCCGUUAAGGGUAUUACUAUCUCCAGUUAUUAUAACACUUUCUUCUUCCUUGGCUGCGAUUUCGAUGUUGACUUGUUUGACUCUAUGAGAAACCCAAUCGACUCCUGCAUGAGCAGGUGCCACGGCAAGGUAUUGCCGAAUCAAGGGCCUUGCAAUGGUUUUGGUUGCUGUUCCAUCCGUCUACAAAACGACAUAUGA